AUGUUGCAGCUGUUCUUAGCCGUGGCCUUCUCGGCGGCGCCGCUGAUGCUGUACUUACCGCCGGUGAGGAGCCUAAGCCUGCUGGUGGAAGCGCUGGAGGCGUUCCUCCAGCAGGCAGACCUCCACACCGUCCAGCUCUCCUCGAGCCUCCGCCGUGGUCUUUCGCGGAUCAUGGCCCCCUGGAUCGGCGCCCGAAGGUAG